UCCUGUGAACUUGAACAAAUAUCUAACGACGUAGGAUGUACCAAGAAUAAGAGGUUAUGUGAUAUUAUUUUGAUAAAAAGUUUAUGGAUAUGGAUAACAAAUUAAUCUGCAGACUGUGUCUCAGGAAAGAGCACCCGCGAUAUUGCAAGACUGUGUCGCCUUUAGAAGAAAACGAAGAAAGUUGCAAUAUCCUAGAGAUGUUAAGCUAUUGCAUACCAGAGAUAGACAUAUUUUUGGUUGUAGAUCCGGUGAUAUGCCUGCGGUGCAUCAACUUGCUGGAGGCUGCGUUCAAUUUCAAAACCGAGUGCCUUAAGAUCGAAGAGAAGCUGUUAACUCUCUCGCAAACCAUUGAUUCUAAAAUAGAUCUGAACUGUUUUUAUAAGAAUCUAAAAACGGUUAAUAACAAUGAUCACACACUAAUAAACAGUGUGUCGGAAACGGAGGGAAUAGAAGUGAUAAAAAUAGAAAGAGCCCUUGAACAAAAGUCAGAAUCUGGCAAAAAAGGGACCAACUUCAACUGUGAUAAAUGUUACGGUUGCAAAAACAAGUUCAAAGAUCCAAGUUACCACAACAAAGUCUACGUCAGUCCAUUCAUUUGUUACAACUGCGGUAAACAGGCGAACACCAUCGAGCAGUUCCGCAAACACAUCACCAAGCAUCGGAGACAGAGGAAAUGCAAGGUUUGCCAGAAAAACUUCAGAGAUCUGACACAGUUGACGGUGCACCUCCGAACCCACACGGGUUCCAAGCCGUUCUCCUGCAAGCUGUGCGGAAAGUCCUUCCGUCAGAAGCACAAUCGGGAUCAGCACCUCAGGGCGCACAGAGGGGACAGCACGGUCAAGUGCAACGUCUGCGACAAAGUGUUCUCGACAAAGUACAACCUCAAGGUGCACGUGCAGAACACACACGUUAAGAAACCCAGGUGCGAACUUUGCGGAGCCGGGUUUUACACCAAAUCGGCUUUGAUCAAACACUUGGAAACGGACCUGGAGACUUGCGGCAAGACAAUUAAAACGGAGAUUUUGGCAGGUCCCCCUGCCGAAGACUUCAUUAAAACCGAACCAGAAUACGUUUUCGCGACAGAGAGCAUCCAAAAAAUCCUGAAAGAGGAAAACCUGGACGAGGAGGAAUACAAACCUGUGUUCACCGAAGAAGUGGAUAUCGUUAAUUGAUCCACCAAAUUCUUUGUAGUCU